UCUACGAUAAACAACUUGUUACAGUAUCCGAUCGUAAAUGUCAAACUUCAAGGCCACUUCAGAUUCGUGAAAAGCGUUUAACAUUUUUAGAAUAAUUCAGGUUUUAAAAUUAAAUUAACAAUAACAAAAGAAGGCAUUAAUUAUUUUUUCAUAUAACAUUGUAUAGACAGAUAGUGCUGAGUGAAAGUAUAUAAUAAAAACACUUUACGAUAUUAUACAAAAUAAACUUAAGUAGUUGUAAGAUUUAUUAUAACAUAAGAUUUAUAUUAAACCGUUGUAGUAAACGCCGCCAAAAUUGCUUUCUACUCGAAAUAUAACGGAAAUAUUCCCGCCAUGGCAAAGCCAGUAUUAUACUCAUACUGGCGGAGUUCAUGCUCAUGGCGAGUAAGAAUUGCCCUCAAUUUAAAGGAGAUUCCAUAUGACAUUAAAGCUGUUAGCCUCAUAAAAGGUGGUGGGGAGCAACACUGCAAUGAAUAUAGGGAAGUCAAUCCAAUGGAGCAAGUACCAUCGCUAUCUAUUGAUGGCCACACAAUAAUAGAAUCAUUGAGUAUAAUGCAUUAUUUGGAAGAAACUAGACCACAAAGGCCACUGAUGCCUCAAGAUUGUUACAAGAGAGCCAAAGUUAGAGAAAUAUGUGAAGUUAUAUCAUCAGGUAUACAGCCUCUACAAAAUCUAAUAGUCCUGAUACAUGUGGGAGAAGAGAAGAAGAAGGAGUGGGCGCAACACUGGAUCAUGCGAGGGUUUAGAGCUGUGGAGAAACUACUGUCUGCUUCUGCUGGGAAGUAUUGCGUGGGAGAUGAGAUCACAUUAGCCGACUGCUGUCUGGUCCCACAAGUGUUCAAUGCAAGAAGAUUCCAUGUAGACUUACGUCCGUUCCCAAUAAUACUGCGCGUUGAUAGAGAACUGGAGAAUCACCCGGCGUUCCGCGCCGCGCACCCCUCCGCGCAGCCCGACUGCCCGCCGGAGGUCGCCAAGUGAACAAUCUGCAGUCAAAGGAUGCAGGUGGUUAACUGGUUACCCAGUACUAUAUCAGGUAUUAACUUUAACAUCUCAUUUAAAUA